GUUGAUAUCGAAAUGCUGUUGCGAUAUCAACAACCGAUGAACAAGAAGAAGCAACUUUUUUUCGCAACGCGCAACAAAAUCGGUAUUAAAAUUAAGAAAAAACUGCAUAAAUAUUUAAUUAAAUCACCGCAACAACAACAACCAGUGCAAAUGUGCAACAAAAUGUGAUUUUUGUCAAAUACAGCCAGCGAUACGCGGCCGAAUUCUUAAUGCAAAUCUGACCCAUGAGCAAUGAGAAAGAGAGGGCGAGCGAGAGAGUACCAACAGCGCGUCACUGAAAAAGUUCACGAAAUCAGCCAGCAGCAGCAGACGAGACUUUGAAGACGUUGGAAUUUGUGUUGAACCCGCGGCAGCCGACGGCGCUGCGACUGCGACGUCCACCUCCAGCAGUCAUCAAUAACGGUAGAGAGGGAGAGAGAGAGAGAGUGAGAAAGAGCACAGUGAUAUAGCAACAACAAAUGACAUUUAAUUUGCCAAAGUGAAACUGUGCGCAACAACAACAGCAACAAUACAAAUAAAGAAGUGGGUGAGAAGUGAGAGGAGGCAACAAGAGCAAACUGUGAUCUCUCGUCUGGCAAUUGUUCAAUUGGCCGUGCUUGAAACGACAUAGAAUUUAUUUAAUACGUGUAUUUGUGUGCGUUGCAAAUUGUUUGUUAAACUUACAACUGGAAAAUCAAUUUUUAAUAUUGGCCAAAGGGGCCAAGCAGCAGCAGUUGUUGUUGCUGUCGUCAGACCCAACCCAAAACACAAAUUAUUGAGCGUAAAAAUAAGAGAGGGAGCCAGAGCAGAAGCAGAAACUGAAGAAGAAGCAGCAGCCGGAUUUGCAAAUAAACUGCAGCAACACAACAAAAAUAACAACAAUCACAACACAACUCAAUCGAGAGAGAAAGAAAGAAAGAUAAAGAGAGAGUGAAACAGAGAAGGAGACAGAAUGGCAUACCGCAAGCCAAAUGAUUUGGAUGGCUUCAUUCAACAGAUGCCAAAGGCGGAUAUGCGCGUCAAGGUGGCACUGGCCGAGGAUCUGGUGACAUUCCUAAGUGACGACACCAAUUCAAUUGUGUGCACAGACAUGGGCUUCCUCAUUGAUAACCUGAUGCCUUGGCUAACUGGCAGCCACUUUAAGAUCGCACAAAAGUCUCUUGAGGCCUUCUCGGAGCUGAUCAAGCGUCUGGGCAGUGAUUUUAAUGCAUAUACAGCGACAGUGUUGCCUCACGUUGUUGAUCGUCUGGGCGAUAGUCGUGACACGGUCCGCGAGAAGGCCCAGUUGCUGUUGCGUGAUCUGAUGGAGCACAAAGUGCAAACACCACAGACCUUAAUUGAUAAACUGGCUGCGAUUUGCUUCAAGCACAAGAAUGCCAAGGUCCGUGAGGAAUUUCUGCAGACAAUUGUGAAUGCUCUGCACGAAUAUGGAACCCAGCAAUUGAGUGUGCGUGUAUAUAUAGCGCCAGUGUGUGCACUGCUUGGUGAUCCCACGGUCAAUGUACGAGAGUCGGCCAUACAGACGCUGGUGGAGAUCUACAAGCAUGUGGGUGAUCGUUUAAGGCCAGAUCUUAGACGAAUGGAUGAUAUGCCUGCCUCAAAGUUGGCCGUACUCGAGCACAAGUUUGAUCAGGUCAAACUGGAGGGAUUACUGCUGCCAUCGGCAGUGAAAAAUACCAAUUGCAAUGGCCUGGAUGAGGCGGACAACAUGCCGGUGCGGGAGCGACCCACAAAGAUUGUGAAACGCCAGCUGCACUCGGCAAUAACACGUCAGAAGCCGAAUCAAAAUGAUGUUGCCAGCGAUGCGGGCGCUGUCACCAUGGAAAUCUUUGAGGCGAGCUUUGAGCAGGUGCCACAAAUCAAUAUAUUCCAUGCCAAGGACAUGGAUGAUGCAUACAAACAGAUUUUGUUAGUCAUAAGCGAUAAGAACACGGACUGGGAGAAGCGUGUGGAUGCGUUAAAGAAAGUCCGCACUCUCCUGACGCUCAAUUAUCAUGCCCAGCCGCAGUUUCUGGCUGUGCAGCAAAAGGAGCUUUCGAUCAGUUUCCUCGACAUCCUGAAGGAGGAACUCCGCUCGCAGGUGAUACGUGAGGCGUGCAUCACAAUUGCGUACAUGUCCAAGACACUGCGCAACAAAUUGGACGUCUUUUGCUUUAGCAUUUUGGAGCAGUUAAUCCAGCUCAUUCAGAAUUCGGCCAAGGUGAUUGCCUCCGCCUCCACAUUGGCGCUUAAAUAUAUUAUCAAAUAUACGCAUGCGCCCAAGCUGCUCAAGAUCUAUACGGACACGCUGCAGAAUUCCAAGUCGAAGGAUAUUCGCUCCACGUUAUGUGAACUGAUGGUUCUGCUCUUUGAGGAGUGGCAAACGAAGGCGCUGGAACGGCAUGCGAUGGUUUUUCGGGAUACGCUCAAGAAAUCCAUUGGCGAUGCGGACAGCGAGGCACGUCGUCAUUCUCGACUCGCCUAUUGGGCAUUCCGACGACACUUUCCCGAGCUGGCCGAUCAAAUCUAUGGCACACUGGACAUAGCCGCCCAACGGGCUUUGGAACGUGAACGGGAUGGCGGCGGCGGUGGCCCCCCAAAUGGCAGUCAACAAUCGCUGGAUUCACGGCGCACUGUGGCACCGUCACGCAUUGGGCGCACGCCGGGCACACUGCAGAAGCCGGCGGCCGGCAUGCGUUCCAUCUCGGCUGUGGACACCGCGGCGGCACAACGCGCCAAGGCACGUGCUCAAUACACGCUCUACUCGCGUCAGAAGAAGCCUCUAGUGUCGAGCAGCUCGACAGGAGGAGGAGGAGGACGAGAAACAGGAGGAUCCAACGCUGGCAGCGGUUCAUUGCCACGACCGCGUCUCAAUUCCAAUAGUAGCAGUUCCGCAGCACAUAGCACUGUUUCACCUGGCGCUGUGACGCCAACAAUGCGUGUGGGAAGAUCACGUGCCGGCGUCUCGCAAUCCCAGCCUGGUUCGCGUUCCACUUCGCCCAGCACCAAGCUGCGAGAUCAUUAUCACAUGGGCAGUUACUACAGAGGAUGUGGCACUGGUGCCAUACCCAAGAAAGCCUCCGGAAUACCCCGCAGCACGGCCAGCUCCCGUGAGACGAGUCCAAAUCGUACCGGCAGCGGCGGUGGACUGAUGAAGCGCAGCAUGUACUCCACAGGAUCCAGUGCGAGACGCACACCUGAACGGAAUAAUCCAGUGCGUAACACAGCUGCAUCCCGGCUCCUGGCGCAAUCCCGUGAGGCGGAGCUGACACUGGGCAACAAUCUAGACUCGCCGGAUUAUGUUUCCGGUGACUUUAUGCGUAGUGGCGGCAUACGGAUUCGCAAACUGCUGGGACGUGAUGAGUCCGAUGACAUUGAUUCGGAGGCGAGUUCCGUGUGCUCGGAGCGUUCCUUUGACUCGAGCUAUACGCGUGGCAACAACUCCAAUUCCAAUUACUCCCUGAGCGGAUCACGCAAUCGCCUCGACUGGAGCAGCCAGCGGGCACCAUUCGAUGACAUUGAGACGAUCAUUCAGUACUGUGCUUCCACCCACUGGUCGGAGCGUAAGGAUGGCCUCAUUAGUCUCACCCAAUAUCUGUCCGCUGGCAAGGAGUUGACGACACAGCAGCUGCUGUGUGUCCUGGACAUGUUUCGCAAAAUGUUUAUGGAUAAUCACACUAAAGUGUACUCUUUGUUUUUAGAUACGGUCACCGAGUUGAUAUUGGUGCAUGCUCCCGAGUUGCACGAAUGGCUGUUCAUCCUGUUGACACGCCUGUUUAACAAACUGGGCACAGAUCUGCUGAAUUCGAUGCACAGCAAGAUAUGGAAGACCUUGGACGUCGUCCAUGAGUAUUUCCCCACUCAGCUGCAGCUGAAGGAGCUCUUCCGCAUCAUUUCGGACAACACACAGACGCCAACAACCAAGACACGCAUUGCCAUUCUACGCUUCCUCACCGACUUGGCCAACACGUACUGCAAGAGCAGCGAUUUUCCCAGCGAUCAAAGUCAAAAUUGUGAGCGUACCGUCUUGAAGCUGGCCCAGAUGUCAGGAGAUCAGAAAUCAAUGGAGUUACGUAGUCAUGCCCGCUCCUGCUUGGUGGCCCUCUACAAUCUGAAUACGCCGCAGAUGACCAAGCUGCUGGCCGCGUUGCCCAAGGGCUAUCAGGAUACGGCGCGUCUCUGCAUCCAGUCGAAUAUGCGCCGGCAGAGCAGCGGUGCCAAUUCGCCAAGCAGCUCGCCAUUGAGCAGCAGCAGCCCGAAGCCAUUGCAGAGUCCCAGCGUGGGACCAUUUGCAUCGCUCAACAUGGAUUUGAAGUCUAGUCCACGAUCGCGUCAAUCGUCGGUGGAGCAGGAGCUGCUCUAUGGCUGUUCCGAACUGGAGGUAAAGCACAAUAUACAAAAGACAUCCGAGGAGAUACGUAAUUGCUUCUCAGGUGGUCAGUACCAUUCGCUGGCGCCCAAUGGCUACAAUGGUCAUCAUCAUAUGCAAUACUCCAUUGAGCAGCAGUUGAAGCGGGAGCAUCUGGAGUUGACAGCGCAGCAGGACUCGUUGUCAUCCAACUCGAAGACACAAUCGUCGGCCAAUACCACGCAAUCCAACACCCCGGAGUCCGCAACUAUGCGACUCGAUGUUGCAGCUCCGGUUCAACCGGCAGCCAAAAUAGCCAUCGACGUGGCUGAGAAUGGUGAAAUCAUACUGCCCUGUAAUCUGCACGAGAGCGAGGUGAUUCGUGUCGCCCUCACCCUAAACAAGGAGCAGCCCGUGGAGCAGCUACAGACAGCGCUAACCAAUCUGGGCAUCUGCAUAAGGAGCGGCAACUGUGAGCUGCCCAAUAAGCAUUUCAAAUCCAUUAUGAGAAUGCUGCUCAACAUGUUGGAGGCGGAGCACACGGAUGUCCUCAUCGCUGGACUGCAGGUGCUCAGGAAAAUCGUGCGCAGCGAGAAGAUGCGUCACAAUUGGUUGAACUUCCUGGAGCUGAUUCUGCUGAAGAUCAUCAAUUGCUAUCAGCACAGCAAGGAGGCGAUACGUGAGAUUGAUACAAUGAUACAGCGCAUUGCAUCUGCUCUGCCCCUGGACCUGACUAUCAACAUUGUUAAUCCGGUGAUAGCAACGGGCACCUUUCCCGAGAAUAUGUGCGCCAUCAAAAUUCUGCUGGAGGUGACCGAACAUCAUGGCUCAGAGAUCACAGAUGCCCAUCUCGACAUGAUAUUUCCGAAUUUGGCCCGUUCCGCGGAUGAUUCACAAUCGAUGGUCCGCAAGGCGGCAGUCUUCUGUAUUGUCAAGCUGUACAUUGUCCUGGGAGAGGAUAAGCUGAAGCCCAAGCUGGCCAUAAUGAAUCCCAGCAAAGUGCGUCUAUUGAAUGUGUAUAUUGAUAAGCAACGCAAUCCGAGUAAUUCUUGCGGCGGCUCCACAAAGAACUCAUCGGCUGCUUCCUCCUCAUGAUUGAGGGCAUCCACUCUACGGUCACACACACUCACAACCACACACACACACAAAGACACGGACGCAGUGACGUCUUUUAACUUAUGCAAAAAGUGAGAAACACAACAGUAACAACAAAAACAACAACAAAUUUAUGAUAUAUAACGAUAAAUCAUACUAAUUAUUUAUAAAAACAAAACAAAGAACUCUAAUUACAUAUUACUUACGAUGCAAGAUGAGGACGAUAAUAAUGAUGCAGAUGUAGAUGAAGAGGAAGCUGAUCAAAAUCAAUAAUUGUGUAAUUGUUUAUUAUUAAUAAACGUUAAUAUAACAAAAGAAA